UUUACGUUUCUGCUUUUUGUGUAUCGGAAAGCGAAAGAUGUUUAGAUCGACUGGCUUCAGUGCUGGUUGUAGCCUGCUAGUUAUAGAUGAAGAAGCGGUCGUCGUUUAUGUGUCCUCGCUUACUAGGAUGAUCUAGAUCUAGAAGCCGAAAGUGUUGCAGCGUUCUGGCAAAGAUUUGCGCAGAACACGAGAUCCAUCGACAUAGCGAUAGUUCCAUUCGCCAUCCGCUCCCGUAGUCGGAACAGGAUGGCAAUACACAUUGCGUCGAGGAAGAGGAUACUAGUUUUUUACAAGAAACCAAACCUCAUCUGAUUUCUACUGUUCUCCCUCGUUUUUUCAGAUCCUCGAGAGUUGUACUGUCAAAAAGAGUAUGUUGUCGCUUUCUCGACCUUCUCUCGUGCGGCGCAUGUUUUUGCCCUACUACAGCAAGGAAAGGGGGCCUCCGAUCCUCCGCUUCCAAACGGCGGGGAAACCAAGCAAGCCCUUCUUCAAGCUUGUUGCCUGCAACCAGCGCGAUCCCCGGAACGGAAAACACAUCGAGGUGUUGGGCAGUUACUCCCCAAAGGUGUUCACGAAUGUUAAGGAGAUCAGGCUUCGAUUUUCGCGCGUCAAAUUUUGGCUCGGAGUAGGAGCGGACAUGUCCGAUUCAGUACGGGAUAUUCUGGCGCUCAGUGGCCUGAUUCCGCAUACGAAAUUCGAGAACGAGACCUUUAUUUGUUCGCAGCAACUUCGAGUUCUUCGAGUCUGCUUGUAGCAUUGGUUGAUAACAAUGUUCUGUCGAUCUUACAUGAUGACGAUGAACUAGCUAGUAAAACAGAGCCACGCAUAAUUACUGGAACGUCGAGAGCAGCUGUCUCUCAUACUGCACGAUCGCAGAUCCACUACUCGAGUGCGACUUGCAUGCUAAAGCCGCGAUGAUGUGAACAAGUUUAGGCUUUUUUCUUUGAUUUCCGAGCCUCCUCCCCCUUUCGGCCGCCGGACCAAGGGCCACUACGAGAAACUCAAGCAGGUGAUGGAACAGCGACAGUUAUUGCACGACUUGGCCAUAGAGGAAUACCACCGAAGUGGCGGCGGCAAGGGCCUCCAUGUGGUUUAGCCGCGGGCGGACGAGGUAGAACCUGCUCUACAACAUCUUCAGAGCCUCGUAUAAGCACACUGCAGCACUACAGGCACACGUGCCCCCGGCGGGCUGGUGUGGCGAAAUAAAGGAAGUGCCGGGAUCUCGCCACGAGGCAAACGCAAAAAGAGCGCAUCCAGUGUAAUGUUGCUGCUGGCAGCCGACGAGGUUGAAGAAGUCAAGUGGAUUGUGAUGUGGAUGUUACACGACCGACCCCUGGUUGUGUCGGACAAGUUAGAGGUGGUAUGUCUGCAAGUUGCCGAUACAGAUGGAGCAGAUGAGCAUCCUUAUGUAUAAGCGCCAUCAACAAAAGCGGCCUAUAAUUGCUUUAAUGGACGAGACGAAGAAGCGAACGACACUCACACCUUGUCCUUGAAGCCGCUUGGCGCGCUGGGCGGCUUUUCAGUUUUCUUGUCCGUCACUCAUCAAUUGUGGUCGGGCCAAAUCGAGGAUUGACGCCGGCUGCAGUUUCAGUCAUUCACAUUUGUCGUGCCUUCGUUCGUGGUAAGUCGAUCGAAUCUUCACAGGACAGCAAAUUUGCAGAUGUUGCAAAUGGCACCAUCACCAAAAGUGAGCCUGC